AUGAGAACUGGGAAGUCCCCUUUUAAGAGAAAAUCCCACAGUCGUGAGGCAUCACACGAUGAAAAUUCAUCGUUUUUCCACAAGAGAACAAUAUCCGGUAGUAGUGCACACCAUUCCAGAAAUGUCAGUCAAGGUGGAGUGCCCUCCUCUGCACCACCAAUUUCUGGUGGCAACUAUUCACACAAGAGAAAUGUGUCAAGAGCUUCCAAUUCCUCUCAAAAUUCAAAUUUUCUAGCCGAGCAGUAUGAAAGGGAUAGGAAAGCCAUCAUUAGUUUCUGCUUUUCCAGACCUGACCACAAGACCGGCGAGCCACCAAGCAAUUAUAUCACACAUGUACGAAUUAUCGAAGAUUCAAAAUUCCCAAGUUCAAAGCCUCCUCCAGAUUCAAGAUUAGAAAACAAAAAGAAAAGGAUUCUCAUUUUGAGUGCAAAACCCAAUAACAGCAAGCUUAUUCAAAUUCACAAGGCACGAGAAAAUUCAGAUGGCUCUUUCCAAAUUGGUAGAACUUGGAAAUUGAACGAACUACUUAGAGUGGAAAGAGACCUAGAUAUACCAGAAGGUUUCCUUCUCACCAUGGGUAAACAGUAUUAUUGGGAAACGAAUUCUGCGAAAGAAAGGACCGUUUUCAUCAAAUCUUUGAUUACUUUAUAUAUUCAAACUUUUGAAGGUCAUGUCCCUGAAUUGAUCAAUUGGGAUUUGUCUCUUUUUUAUCUUGAUGAAAAGAGUUACCAGAGAGCUGUCAUUACCAAUCGUCCCGGUUCCAUAUCUCCAAUUAAAUCACCAACCAGCAAUUUUGCAGCUAACACCGCACAAUCAAUGGGCUCUAUCCCUUCUUCUUCAUCUUUUGAUAGGGCCAGAAGAUCUGAGACAGAGAACGAUGUUUCAGCAAAUACGCCCACAGGUGUCGCAUAUCAUACUGAAAUAAAGUCUUUAAGUAAGGCCCCUUACUCUUCAAAUUCUACUCUUAAUGAGGUAAAUAGAAGAUACGAGCUCGAACAACAACAGCAACAGCAAGAGGCUGAACAGAGACGAUUAGAAGAACAAAGAAAAUUACAAUUACAGAAAGAAAAUGAAAUGCAAAGACUGGAAGAGGAAAAAAGAAUAAGGCAGGAAGAACAGAAAAGACAAAUGGAACUGGAGAGUAAAAGACAACAAGAAUUAGAGCUUCAACGGCAAUCCGAAGAAGAACAACGUUUGAAAAAGGAAAGAGAGUUAUUGGAGUUACAAAAAAGACAAAGGGAACAAGACAUUUUAGAGAGACAAAAAAAAGAAGAACAGGAGAGGCUUGCUAGGGAGGAGGAAGAAGAAAAAAUUAAGAAAACCCAAUUAGACAACGAAGGCUAUGCUCAAGAAAUCAAUGGCAAAGUUGAUAAUCUUCUAGAGGACUUGAAUGCAGUUUUAGGGGAAGAGACAGGGACCGCUACGGUUACGCAAAGCAAUACUUACAUACCUGAAAGGAGUUUAGCCAGAACUCAAGAUCAAUUAAAAAAACCCCUAAAUGUUGCCAAGGUGGAGACACUUGAUGGAAGCCAUUUAAACGAAUCAAUUGACUUAGACGAUGAGAUCAUCGGUUUGAAUACUUCCAACAUAUCCGAGGAGUAUCAGGAUGAGAAAAACGAUCUUUCAUUUGAGAAGGGCGAUGAAGUUAGGUACAGUCAAAACUUUGAAGAUGGCACUCCUCACGUGUAUCACGAAGUAUCUAUAAUUCAAGAAGAAGCACCACCAGCAGUACAAAAAAUAACUCAUACAGAAGAGCAUGAAGAAUCGGAGGCCUUAGCUCCCUCCAAAGAGGGGGUUGAAAAAAUAGAUAAUAUUGACGAUGAAGUCCUGCUAGAGAUACUUACAGAUAUAAAUUGGACAGUUGAAGAUGAUGCGGAUAGUAUGAUCGAAAGGAUUGACAUGAGGUUAGCUGAGACAGAAUAUUCAUUCAACCAGAAUCUAUUAUCCCUGCAAAAAAUCGGUCCCAAUCUACUUCCUUAUGAGGACAAGGUCAGUGAAGAAUGUCACCGAAUAAUUCCAACAUUUUCCCUGUUUUUAAUGGAAAUGAGUAAUUUCUCUAGUGAUAUUGAAUACGUGGAGAGCCAAGAUAACGGAUUACAAGUUGAAAGUGCCAACAAGAAACUUUUGUGGAAUACCCUGGAUGAACUCUUGAAAACCGUUUCACUUGAUGAAGUCUCUUUGAAUCAAUUAUUAGAAUGCCCAAUAAGGGAGAAGAACUUGCCAUGGAUGGAAAAUCAAUUGAAUUUGUUAUUAAAAGCGUUUCAGGCUAUCGGUAGUGAUGAGAACGAAGUAGAAUAUAAUCUAAGGGAGAUUUCCGGUUUAAAACAGAGACUCCAGUUCUAUGAAAAAGUCACCAAAAUAUUCCUUGAUAGAAUUGUGGAUGAAAUGCAAAGCAAGUUUUCCAAUAUACAUKGUCAAGAUAUCUCACACGAUCAAAUGAUUAGAAUUCUAACGACUUUACUAAUAUUUUCUCCACUAAUUCUUUUUUGUAAAGAGAUCUCGCAAAAAUCAUACCAGGUCAUUAUAGAAAACUGGAACAUAAGUAUCCAACCAAUGUAUAUGAAGCUAUGGACCAGAAAAAUAUCACAGUUGGAAAAAGUUGAUGCUAGCGAUGAUAAAGAGAAUAAGUUAGGUUUAAGUCAGCUAUUACAGGAAUGGAACACGUUUAGGAAAGAAAGAAAAAUUAACGACGUCAGCCCAGUUUUCAGCACCAAAUUCUCUCAUUUAACUGAAUGCGUAGAGACUAUGAGACAAGAGUGUAUUGUUUAUCAAAAUUUCGUAGAAAUAUUCUUUCAUAUCUCUUCGAAACAUAACUUUGAAGAAUUUGUCAAGCAGUUUAAUAACCCAGACGCUCCUCCAUUACUAUUGAAUACCAUGAAGGAAAUGCAGUCAGAUAGAGAAGCAGCUGUUAUCGAAACUCAGUUGGUCUCAAGGAUAUUUCAACCGAUCGUCACUAGGCUAUCGUCGUUUUUUGUGGAAACAGUUAAAGAUGAACCUACACUAGCCCCCGCCUUAACUCUUUACUUGGAAAAUGAAAUCAAGAGUCUAGAAUCAUCGAAUCAUGAAUUCUUACUAUCUGCAGUGACAAGGGUGUAUACCCAAAUAAAACAAGUAUGGUUAGACAAUGUAGAAGAACAGGUUCUAUAUUUUGAAAGAAUUUCGAAUGCGACGACCAAUGGAGAAAUUCUUCCAGCUAUAGUCGAUUUACCGGUGGAUUUGAAAAAUUCAGAGGACUUAUUUAAAUACACCAAGAAUUCCAUGGAUAUUAAGGAUACUGAUAAAAGUUACGAGUCCAUAGAGUUGAUCAACUCAAGCUUCAAAAAAUUGAGCAUGGCUGCUACGCAAUCAAUGGCUCAUAAAAGAGGUGUUUCAAGUAUUGACCCCAGCCUGUCAGAUUCUGCUGCGUUAAAUAACGACUAUAUGCAAACUGUUUCCUUCCUAGUGAACAGUAACUGGUUAACAGAAAUGCUCUCUAUGCUAAACUUCAAUAAAGAUGGUAUUUUUGACACAUCAUUGCAGAACGCAAAGAAAGUGUUUGAUGCCGAAAAAGAAUCCUAUGCUUCUUUCCUGCUCCGCGAUACUAUGCCCAAGCUAACAGCUUUUGUUUAUGGAGUGAGUAACAUCAUUGAAAACACAAAUAAUGUGAACGUAACCAACCCAUCAAGAUGGGCUGCAUACAGCAAGCAGAACCUAGAGAACAUUCUUUUAGCAUACUCGUCCCAAGAAAUUGAGACGUUGGUGAAAAGGUUGCAUACACACAUGGCAAACGAUUUCGGCUACCAUCAAGACGAUGCCAUAAAUAACGUGUUGUGUGACAAGUUGUGGUCGUGCAUCCAAGGUCAAACCGUUUCAUUAUAUCUGAAAUUAUACACUGUCAUUGAUAAACACUACAAGGGAACAAAUAUCCGUUUCACAAAGAACGAUAUCAUCAGUGCGUUCGAAGAAUACAAGAGUGCUUGGAACUUAUGA